UAUACAUCUGAAAGAGGACACGAAAAGAUGACGACCGCCAGAAGCAACCGAGGUUCACGGACCAGUCGAGUGGACAACAAGGACGGCGUUGACGCCAACACUUGUGAAAAUGGACAGGAUUCAGAUGAUGAGAGCAUCAGUGAUUGCCUGGAUGAUGAGUCAUGUGACAAUGACGACAUUCCGAAUCGCCGCAUGGACGGCUUAAAAAAAGUGGAAACUCCUCGAGGAUCUGCGAAAAAAGGUGGACUACUGAAGACAAUACGUUUGACGCGUAAUCAGAGAACCCAGAGCGCUCGUUCGACACGAGACUCAAUCAGUGUAGAUAACCUGUCCGACCGUGACCUUGAGUGGCUACAAGGUGAUAAUUUCCUGGGAAGACUCGAAAAUGAAGAAAACCUGGAUACUGAUGUCUUACAGAAGGAAGUAGAUACGCUUCCGAAGAAAAAAACUAAAACGUGUCGCCAUCGGAUGGAGAGGUUCCUGACGAGCACCCCGUGCCAGAUCAUUGUCCUCUUGAUAGCAUUCCUUGAUGCAGUGGCGGUGGUAACGAGCGUGAUCCUGGACAUGGAAAGUCAUCGGGUGGAGACAGAGCAUCUGAAGUGUCAGCGUCACCAUCUUGUUUGGAUUCUACUAAACCUUGAGAACACACCUAAUAAAACAAGUGAACAUUUCGUUAUUCCGGAUACACAUGGAAUAGACGGGGGCUUAACUGGCAGCGCCUUCGUCUACGAACUAUUAGAGAGAUUCGAGGCAAGCAUUGACAGGAAUCAGAAAAACAAUUAUGAAACUACUGGAAGCCCAAAGUCCGAUGCUUCGUCAGACGUAGCGGACAAUGUCGCGUUUCAGCGGUCGCCCAGGGCACUCACAGCCGGUGAGAUGACCUUGCGGACACCGCCGUAUCCACCUGACGACUACAGCGCAACCGCUUUGCCAGAUUUUAUUGACAGUGACGCAGUUAACAACCAGUACGGGAAACUUCUUGUUGCCCCGGCCAUGAACAACCCGAGGAAAGAUAUUAGUCAACGUUCAGGAGAUGCUGAUGUGGGGAAUGUCGAUGCGUUGGCCUCAUUUAUGGUCCCGCCGCCACCUCUAAAAGACUGCUUGCAGAUCACGGCGCGGGCGGAGGAGUUAAUCCACAUUUCUCAUAUGCUACAUUACACCAGUAUCGCACUGCUCUCGGUGCUGCUUCUAGAGGUGAUACUGAAAGUUAUCGCCAUGGGCUCGGAUUUCUUUCACCACAAAUUGGAGAUCAUGGACAGUAUAGUGAUCCUAAUCUCCUUCAUUCUCGACCUCGUGUUCAUCCAGGACCACGAUAAAAACCUCGCCGUGGCCAUCUUCUUAUUCAUCUGGCAGAUGCUAAGGGUGUUGUCAGCGCUCAUCAACCACAACAAGAAGAGAGUCGAAUUCUUGAUGCAGGUGAUGAAGGAAAGCAACCUCAAGUUACACCAGCAGAACCUGUUAUUGCGGCGCAAGGUUAAACAGAAAAAGAAGCAACUUGGCAAUCUUCAGCAGUUUUGCGAGGAGCUCGGCGCCACGGAUGACCAGAUACAAGACUGUCUCUCUGGCGUGCCCACCCAUGUGCCGCUGAAAACAAGGGCUGCCUCCAAGGCGAAAAAUGUAUUAUCCGCUUCCUGCGAGGCGUUGUCAACUUUUAAGAAGUGGACGUCACGUUCCCUGUCUACCGGUCUCCCUCCACUCGCCAUCGCUUUUGCCAAGAGCCCUAUGGAGAGGCGACGCCGCAACAGCGCGGGCAGUGAACCGGCACCCGCGAAAAGCCCGGUCCGGUUGAAAUCACUCCAGUACACCUCGUCCUUCCUUGACAUUGACUUAAGGCAGAGAGGAAAGCCCCAUUUGGGCGCAGGAGACAUAUGCUCCAGUUCCGAGGACGGGAGUUUGUGCGAGUUAGGGCCACGUGGUCCCUCCAGCGGUAGAGAGUCAAGCAUCGGCAGUAAUGGUUCUCUCUGCGACCUGGAUUCGAUGUCGGCGACCCCGAACGCCUCCCCGGGUACUUCACCACCUUUAAGGCAAAAAGGGAGCGAUUUCAUUCUUGAAAUGGAGGGGAUUAAAAACGCCGGCUUCUUAGAGUUCAACCAGGGGAGAGAGAUAAGUUGUGGCUCUGAUUCGGAACCGCCCUCCUACGGCGUUGCAAUGCUCUCUAGUAAAGGAGGAGACGAGAUAUACCAGACGUUCAUCGGCGCACGCCGGUUGACCAUGGCAUCGAAUGAGGUCGAGGAGUGCGACCGAAACACGAAACUGUGAUAUCCGUAUUCGUACAUGAUGAUUGAACACUUGUAAAAAGCAGGGCUAUAUUGAUAGCUCGCAAAUGAUAGGUCGGCAAAACUCAUCAUUAAGCCAGAAUCGUAAGCAACUGCUAACCAGGUCGACUUUGGAAUUGUGAUAAUGUAGGCGAAUGGUCCGGCGGUUGGUAAAACCGGAUCCAACAGGCUGUGAGUCCCGCAACGACGACAACCAUGACGUAACAGAGUGUCAACACCUGGAAUGUAAUGAACAUUAAUUCACGAAAUUAUAUAAUGCAUGAUAAGCUUCUGUAAAAAAAAGCAAUAUAUGGGCAUGGCAGAGUUCACACGUAUAUUUUCAUAUUUGGUAGGCCUUGAGGGGACAAGGUUCAGUCAAUGAGCGAAGAGUCACUUUCACUUUUACACUUUGUCAUCAGGUGCACCUUUUCUAGCCCUGACACUUAUUCGUUCAUUGAGGAAUGAUAUAAAUGCCUGCUAUGCGAGGAAAGCCUCCAUGGUGCGAGAUUCAGGAUAAGCUUUCGCUGUGGUUGAAGAUCAGAACAUCUUCCAUUGUCUGCAGGCAACCAAUAGAAAAAGUUAGGUGGUCAUAUUUGUGAAGGAAAAGGUGUGUUUUUUAUUAUGUGAUAUUCUAGCUUUUCUUUUUUAAUGAUAGGCCUUGCGUGAGGGACAUUAGCUUAUAUGGCUAAAGUGUGAGAUGUAUUAUCCCAUCGACACGUCAGGUUUGUGACAUUCUUCGAUAUAGAUUGAGAGUUGAUAUCAAUGCCUGUCAAAUGUUAGCCCAAUACCGCUACGCUAGUCGUCCUUUUGGGGAGGAAGUAUUGGUCUAGGGCCUACGUGAGGUCCAAGUUUGGCACACAGCAUGACAUGUAUGUGAGAUAUUAACUGUAGGUUGUGGUUCAUAGUUUGUGUUUUAACAAUGCUGCCACGCAACAUAUCAACCGAGGAUUUGGUAUUGACGAUCAUCUAUUGUGAAUGCAGGUCACCAUGUUCAGCCAACUAUGGCAUCGUCUCAGACACAUUGUGUACUGCUUUGCAUGUUAUUUAGUUCACGAAUAUGAAAGCCUGCCCGAAAUACAUAAAUGCACCCACUCCGGGUGUAAUGCUAGUGAUGAGAAGGCCCGACGUAUUGCAUGAUAUCAAAAUUCUAAUCCAAAUCGAAGUAUUGUGAGGCCUUGUUUUGAAAAUUCAUGAAAUCGACUGGAUUAUUCAGUCCUGCACUUUGGUAAGGAAUCAACUUAGGUGCGUUGUUAGAUAGAUAAUCAUUUGGUUAUCCGACAAGCGCUAUUUCAAUUUAUAAUUAGGACAGGGUUGACACAUUCAUUUCAAAGUUGACACAAGUCGCAUCAUAUUUGCCGAAUUUCUAAUGACUUCUGUGUGCUGCUAAUGCUGCUAUUCCUUGUCUCACUGGACUGCAUAAAGUAACUGGCUUCGGGACAAAAGUUCGGGUGGACACGUUUAGAGGAUUUAGUUACCAGUUUAUACCGUUUCAUUCAAGAUUUCGGAGACAGCUCGUGUGAGGCCGUAUUUCAUCAACGGAACCUUCAGGAAGUAUACGAGUUUCGACCUCAUUAGCAUUUUAAUGAUGCAUUUCGAUGUUGAUACUGAGUAUGCCAAUAAGAUCUAUGCGAAUCCACAGGCAAAAGAAUAUCCGUCCACGGAUAGUUGACGGGGAUUAAUCAUGAACGUUCCAUCAAUCAUGGGCCAUCCAUGGAUAGUGGAUGGAGAAUCUCCAUCAACUAUCCAUGGCUAAGCCUCCGUGGAUGGAACGUUCAUGGGCCAUCCAUGGAUAGUGGAUGGAGAAUCUCCAUCAACUAUCCAUGGCUGGGCCUCCGUGGAUGGAACGUCCAUGGGCCGUCAACUAUCCGAGGACGGACACUUUUGCCUGUCGACGAUCCAGCCGACGGAAAGACUAACCUUGGAAUCUGAUAUAAGUGUGUGGUUAAUUCUUUGAACCCUGAGCUCCCUGGUGGUAGGGGGUCCCCCACCCUAAGCUCCUGGGGGUAAUUUUGGGUAUCAAAUAGAAAUUUUAAAAGAGCUGGAAGAGGUAACUAAAAGUAAACUGUACUGUAUUUAUCCAUCCUCCCGCUUUUACAUAGA